AGCGCUGGGGCAGGAGAGGACGGAGAGGGGACAGCGCCCCAGUGCUAACCCAGGAGCAGAGCCGGGCGCUGGAGCCCGAGCCCGCCCGACGAGAUGCGGCUGCGGCUGCUAUGCGUCCUGCUCGCCGCCGCGGCCUCGGGAGCUCGGGGCUGGGGCUACUACGGCUGCGAUGAGGAGCUGGUGGGGCCGCUCUACGCGCGCUCCCUGGGCGCCUCCUCCUACUAUGGGCUUUUCACCACAGCACGCUUCGCCCGGCUGCACGGCAUAAGUGGGUGGUCACCCCACACCCGGGAUUCAAACCCCUGGCUGCAGAUCGACUUGAUGAAGAAGCACAGGAUCCGCGCUGUGGCCACACAGGGCUCCUUUAAUUCUUGGGACUGGGUCACACGCUACAUGCUGCUGUACGGCGACCGCGUGGACAGCUGGACACCAUUCUACCAGCAAGGGCACAACGCGACCUUCUUUGGCAACGUGAACGAGUCUGCGGUCGUGCGCCACGACCUGCACUACCACUUCACAGCACGCUACGUGCGCAUUGUGCCCCUGGCUUGGAACCCUCGAGGCAAGAUCGGCCUGCGGCUCGGCCUCUAUGGCUGCCCCUACAAGUCCGACAUCCUCUACUUCGACGGCGAUGACGCCAUCUCCUACCGCUUCCCACGGGGCGUCAGCCGCAGCCUGUGGGACGUGAUCGCGUUCAGCUUCAAGACGGAGGAGAAGGACGGGCUCCUGCUGCACUCCGAGGGCGCCCAGGGCGACUACGUGACGCUGGAGCUGCAGGGGGCACACCUGCUGCUGCACAUGAGCCUGGGCAGCAGCCCCAUCCAGCCCAGGCCCGGCCACACCACAGUGAGUGCGGGUGGCGUCCUCAACGACCAGCACUGGCACUACGUGCGCCUGGACCGCUAUGGGCGUGAGGCCAACCUCACCCUGGAUGGCUAUGUGCAGCGCUUCGUGCUCAACGGCGACUUUGAGCGGCUGAACCUGGACUCGGAGAUGUUCAUCGGGGGGCUGGUGGGCGCUACGCAGAAGAACCUCGCCUACCGGCACAACUUCCGCGGCUGUAUUGAGAACGUGAUCUUCAACCGGGUCAACAUUGCUGACCUGGCCGUGCGGCGCCACUCGAGGAUCACCUUCGAGGGCAAGGUGGCCUUCCGAUGCCUGGACCCGGUCCCACACCCCAUCAACUUUGGGGGACCACACAACUACGUGCAGAUCCCCGGCUUCCCGCGCCGUGGACGCCUGGCCGUGUCCUUCCGCUUCCGCACCUGGGACCUCACGGGGCUGCUGCUGUUCUCCAGCCUGGGCGACGGGCUGGGCCACGUGGAGCUGAUGCUGAGCGAUGGCCAGGUCAAUGUGUCCAUCGCGCAGGCCGCCCGCAAGCGCCUGCAGUUCGCGGCUGGGUACCGCCUGAACGACGGCUUUUGGCAUGAGGUCAAUUUUGUGGCCCAGGAGAACCAGGCGGUCAUCAGUAUCGACGAUGUGGAGGGCGCAGAAGUCCGGGUCUCCUACCCUCUGCUCAUUCGCACGGGGACCUCGUACUUUUUUGGGGGUUGUCCCAAGCCAGCCAGCCGAUGGGGCUGCCACUCCAACCAGACAGCCUUCCAUGGCUGCAUGGAGCUGCUCAAGGUGGACGGCCAGCUGGUCAACCUCACGCUGGUGGAGUUCAGGCGGCUGGGACACUAUGCUGAGGUCCUGUUUGACACAUGUGGCAUCACCGACAGGUGCAGCCCCAACAUGUGUGAGCAUGAUGGCCGCUGCUACCAGUCUUGGGACGACUUUAUCUGCUACUGUGAGCUGACCGGCUACAAGGGCGAGACCUGCCACCAGCCGCUGUAUAAGGAAUCCUGUGAGGCUUACCGGCUCAGCGGGAAAAUCUCCGGCAACUUCACCAUCGACCCUGACGGCAGUGGCCCCCUGAAGCCAUUCGUGGUGUACUGUGACAUCCGGGAGAACCGAGCGUGGACGGUGGUGCGGCACGACAGGCUGUGGACAACACGCGUGUCAGGCUCCAGCAUGGAGCGGCCCUUCUUGGCGGCCGUGCAGUACUGGAACGCAUCGUGGGAGGAGGUCGGAGCGCUGGCCAACGCCUCGCAGCACUGCGAGCAGUGGAUCGAGUUCUCCUGCUACAACUCCCGGCUGCUCAACACGGCAGGCGGCUACCCCUACAGCUUCUGGAUCGGCCGCCACGAGGAGCAGCACUUCUACUGGGGCGGCUCCCAGCCUGGCAUCCGGCGCUGCGCCUGCGGCCUGGACCACAGCUGCGUGGACCCUGCCCUGCACUGCAACUGCGACGCUGACCAGCCACAGUGGAGAACCGACAAGGGGCUGCUGACCUUUGUGGACCACCUGCCUGUCACCCAGGUGGUGGUGGGCGACACCAACCGCUCCAACUCCGAGGCCCAGUUCUUCCUGAGGCCUUUGCGCUGCUACGGGGACCGAAACUCCUGGAAUACCAUUUCCUUCCACACCGGGGCCGCGCUGCGUUUCCCCGCAAUCCGUGCCAACCACAGCCUGGACGUGUCCUUCUACUUCCGGACCUCGGCGCCUUCGGGCGUCUUCCUGGAGAACCAAGCAGGCCUCUACGGCGGGUGGCGCCGGCCGUACCUGCGUGUGGAGCUCAACACGUCCCGGGACGUGGUCUUCGCCUUCGACGUGGGGAACGGGGACGAGAACCUGACGGUCCACUCCGAUGACUUCGAGUUCAGCGACGAUGAGUGGCACCUGGUGAGGGCCGAGAUCAACGUGAAGCAGGCACGACUGCGCGUGGACCACCGGCCGUGGGUGGUGCGCCCCAUGCCCCUGCAGACCUACCUCUGGCUGGAGUACGACCAGCCGCUCCACGUGGGAUCGGCGGAGCUCAAGCGGCGCCCCUUUGUGGGCUGCCUGAGGGCCAUGCGUCUGAACGGGGUGACGCUGAACCUGGAGGGCCGGGCCAACGCCUCCGAGGGGACGUCCCCCAACUGCACGGGCCGCUGUGCCCACCCGCGCUUCCCCUGCUCCCACGGUGGCCGCUGCGUGGAGCACUACAGCUACUACACCUGCGAUUGCGACCUCACAGCUUUCGACGGGCCCUACUGCAACCAGGACAUCGGUGGCUUCUUUGAGCCGGGCACCUGGAUGCGCUAUAACCUGCAGUCGGCACUGCGCUCGGCUGCCCGCGAGUUCUCCCACAUGCUGAGCCGCCCAGUCCCUGGCUAUGAGCCUGGCUACGUCCCUGGCUAUGACUCCCCCGGCUACGUCCCUGGCUACCACGGCCCCGGCUACCGGCGGCCCGACUACCCGAGGCCUGGGCGGCCCGUGCCCGGGUACCGGGGCCCCGUGUACAAUGUCACAGGGGAGGAGGUCUCCUUCAGCUUCAGCACCAGCGUGGCGCCCGCGGUGCUGCUGUACGUCAGCUCCUUCGUGCGCGACUACAUGGCGGUGCUCAUCAAGGAGGACGGGACCCUGCAGCUGCGGUACCAGCUGGGCACCAGCCCCUACGUGUACCCGCUGACCACCCGGCCUGUGACGGAUGGGCAGCCGCACAGCGUCAACAUCACCCGGGUCUACCGCAACCUCUUCAUCCAGGUGGACUACUUCCCGCUGACGGAGCAGAAGUUCUCGCUGCUGGUGGACAGCCAGCUGGACUCACCCAAGGCCUUGUACCUGGGGCGCGUGAUGGAGACGGGUGUCAUCGACCCCGAGAUCCAGCGCUACAACACCCCGGGCUUCUCGGGCUGCCUUUCCGGCGUCCGCUUCAACAACGUGGCCCCCCUCAAGACCCACUUUCGCAGCCCUCGGCCCAUGACCGCUGAGCUGGCCGAGGCCCUCCGCGUGCAGGGCGAGCUGGCUGAGUCCAACUGCGGUGCCAUGCCCCGCCUGGUCUCCGAGGUGCCCCCUGAGCUUGACCCCUGGUACCUGCCCCCAGACUUCCUGUACUACCAUGACGACGGCUGGGUUGCCAUCCUCUUAGGCUUUCUGGUGGCCUUCCUGCUGCUGGGGCUGGUGGGGAUGCUGGUGCUCUUCUAUCUGCAGAACCAUCGCUACAAGGGCUCCUACCACACCAAUGAGCCCAAGGCCGCCCAUGAUGACCAAGCGGCCAGCAAAGCGCCCCUGCCUGCAUCGGGCCCAGCCCCAGCCCCGGCCCCGGCCCCAGCCCCGGCCCCCGCCCCAGCCCCGGCCCCGGCCCCAGCCCCGGCCCCCGCCCCAGCCCCGGCCCCGGCCCCAGCCCCGGCCCCCGCCCCAGCCCCGGCCCCGGCCCCAGGCCCCGGCCCCCGGGACCAAAACCUGCCCCAGAUCCUGGAGGAGUCCAGGUCGGAAUGACUGGGGACUUCAGGGACCAAGCCUAGCUUCUCCAGACCCCUGUUCCUGACUCUCCCCACCCUCGGGGCACUGGCCGCUCUGGGCUGGCCCUGCCCACCCAGCAGGUCUCCUCCUGCAGGCCUGGUGGGCAGAGCUACAGACGGGACCAACGGGGAUGGCUGAGCCUCACUGCCGAGACCAGGGCCCUGCCGCUCCAUUCCAGCCCCACGGAGAAGCCCCAGGGUGGCGCUGGGCUUCCUGCCAGCUGUCUGCACCCGAUCCUGUGCCAGGUUCACCAUCAGCAGAGCCUCCACGUGGGGCUGCAGCCCAGGGCGGAGCUGCCGCCUCGGAUGCCCCCCACCCCGAAGCCUCUUGCACCUGCAUCCUCUGCAGGGCCCAGGGCUUCGCCACCCUCCCCACCCUUUUCGUUUUUUACAGCGAGACCACAAGGCCUCUGCCUAGCACCUUAGAACCUCUGCUGCUUCACGCUUGAGCCAAAGCCAUAAGAAACCCUGCAACACCCUAGAGAAACGCAGACCCCGCCUGGUGAUGCACGGCCCCCGGCCCCCAGCGCAUGAGGCGUCCUCCCAGCCCACCCGGGGCCAUGUUCUUUAUAUUUAUUUUUUGUUGCAAAGUCUGUCUAGAGAAAGCCUAUAUAUCACUAAUUUUUAAAUUAUGUUUAUAUAUAAAAGAGCAGCUCAGCAGGCUGCCCGUGCUGUGCCCAGGCGAGUUUGCUGAGAGCUCCACUGGCUAGCCGGCUCAGUCCUGCCAGCCACUCGCCGCCCCCCGUCUCCAAUAAAGCAAGUGGCAGAGCUG